GCGCGACUUCCGGCGGAGAUCAUGGCCGCGCUGAGCAGCGUCCGCUGGCUGACCCGAGCACUGGUUGCCGCCCCGGACCCCGGGAUAUGGAGGGCGCUGGGCACCUCCGCCGUGUCGCGUGCCACCCUGCGGAACCAGCCUGAGACCCCACUCCUGACUUUUUCCGCAGGAAAGAUCCAUACCCCGAUGGAAUAUAAGGGGGAACUGGCCUCCUAUGACAUGAGGCUGAGGCGAAAGUUGGAUCUGUUUGCAAACGUGGUCCAUGUGAAGUCACUUCCUGGCUACAAGACCCGGCACAACAAUCUAGACCUGGUCAUCAUCCGAGAGCAGACGGAAGGGGAAUACAGCUCUCUCGAACACGAGAGUGCCAGGGGGGUGAUUGAGUGCCUGAAGAUUGUCACCCGAACCAAGUCUCAGCGGAUUGCCAAGUUCGCCUUUGACUAUGCCACCAAGAAGGGUCGGGCCAAGGUCACAGCCGUGCACAAGGCCAACAUCAUGAAACUUGGGGACGGACUGUUCCUGCAGUGCUGCAGGGAAGUUGCUGAACUGUACCCCAAGAUCAAGUUUGAGACGAUGAUCAUAGACAACUGUUGCAUGCAGCUGGUGCAGAAUCCUUACCAGUUUGAUGUCCUUGUGAUGCCCAAUCUGUAUGGGAACAUCAUUGACAAUCUGGCUGCUGGCCUGGUUGGUGGAGCUGGUGUGGUUCCCGGGGAGAGCUACAGUGCCGAGUACGCAGUGUUUGAGACGGGCGCCAGGCACCCGUUUGCCCAGGCUGUGGGCAGGAACAUAGCCAACCCCACGGCCAUGCUGCUCUCCGCCUCCAACAUGCUUCGGCAUCUCAACCUUGAACACCAUGCCACCAUGAUCUCGGAUGCAGUGAAGAAGGUGAUCAAAGUUGGCAAGGUCCGAACCUCUGACAUGGGUGGCUAUGCCACCUGCCACGACUUCACUGAGGCCGUCAUUGCUGCCCUGCCCAUGUAAGACAAUAAAUAAAACAUGGACGAACUAUUGUAAA